AUGAGGCAGAAUACGUAUGUUAGGAGAUCAAGAAUUAUCGGCGGACAUUGUUGUAGGUGUUGCUCCUUUCAAGAACGGAAUGAUGAAAAUAUUUUUGACUUUAUUCGAUCCCUAAGCCAGCUGCAACCGGUAGAGGAUGUCGGCUCCGUGACGUCUCAAGCUAGUAAUUCAUUAGAGUCCCUAGGAUCACCGUCUUGGCUUUCAUUUGAAGGAGAAGCAGACAACGUCAUUGAAAACGUGUUUAUCGGAGAUGAAACUACUUGUUUUGUUUGCCUUGAAAACUACAACGACAGACAAAAUCAACCUAGAAUCAUGCCUUGUGGCCAUAUCGUUUGCAACCAGUGCCUUACCGGUUUAGCAAAGACACUUCUGUUUACCGAGAUUAAAUGCCCACAAGAUCGCCAAGUUUAUAAGGUGAAACGAAGACGCAGAAGAGGUGAAGAAAUUCAACCACCUGCUAAUUCUGAUAAUGAAUCGCUGGUCCAAGAAGAUGUUCAAAUAGUACCAGAUGUUCAGUCAUUAUCGAUACGUCGUUUGUCAAGUUCAAAUUCAAGCACAGAUGGUGAAAUCGAGUCCUUGAAUUCAGCUAACGUUAGCGGAGAACAAUUUUCCUUAUUUGCUAAUUAUCAGUCAUCCAUACCCUCUCGUGUAAAUUCGUCCAUUUCACGAUCUUUUACAAAUGCAGAGUAUGGGAGUGAGAAAACUGAGGACAGUGUACCCUCAUUUGUGGAAAGUAUUUGGGGAUCAAAUUCUACUGCAACGAGAAAGCGUCAUCGGGAUAUACACACCGAAAAUUUUUAUACCAAUUUUUACGACGAACCGUUACCAGACUAUCCUAUAAAUUCGAGUGAUGAUGAAGAUUCGUGUAUAUGA